GCCCGCGCCGCCCGCCGCGCCCGCUUCCUCGUCCUGACGCCCCCCGCCCGCCCGGAAAGCUGCCCAGCCACCAGCAACCCCCCAGUGCCACCAUGGCAACUGCACCAUACAACUACUCUUACAUCUUUAAAUAUAUUAUUAUUGGGGACAUGGGAGUAGGAAAAUCUUGCUUACUUCAUCAAUUUACAGAAAAAAAAUUUAUGGCUGAUUGUCCUCACACGAUUGGUGUUGAAUUUGGUACAAGAAUAAUUGAAGUUAGUGGCCAGAAAAUCAAACUGCAGAUUUGGGAUACAGCAGGGCAGGAGAGGUUUAGGGCUGUUACACGAAGCUACUACAGAGGAGCUGCGGGAGCGCUUAUGGUGUAUGAUAUCACUAGAAGAAGUACGUAUAACCACUUAAGCAGUUGGUUGACAGACGCAAGGAAUCUCACCAAUCCAAAUACGGUAAUAAUUCUCAUAGGAAAUAAAGCAGAUUUGGAGGCACAGAGAGAUGUCACAUAUGAAGAAGCCAAACAGUUUGCUGAAGAAAAUGGCUUAUUGUUCCUUGAAGCAAGUGCAAAAACGGGGGAGAAUGUAGAAGAUGCUUUCCUGGAGGCUGCCAAGAAGAUCUAUCAGAACAUUCAGGACGGAAGCCUGGAUCUGAAUGCCGCCGAGUCUGGCGUACAACACAAACCUUCAGCCCCACAGGGAGGCCGGCUAACCAGCGAACCCCAACCCCAGAGAGAAGGCUGUGGCUGCUAGUGACCUCUUUGCCGUCGCUCCCAUUUGACCUUUCACCUCUGUCUGUUGGAAGCAGUUCUUUUUACUGCCUCAUUGUCUUCUGUACAUCUUACUGGGUUUAAUUAAAAAAAAAAAAAAGAAAAAAACAACUCUGUUGUAAAAACAGUUUAACACAAUACUAAACUGCUAAACAACUAGAUGUAAUCAGGUUAUCAAAGGCAAGUAGAGUAAUAAAUCUCUCCUGCAUGGUAAAUCUAGACUUUUUUUCCCCUUGAUUGUCCUCGUGAUAGGUAUGUCACCAGUACAUGAUUCACACUGAGCACUGAUGCUGGACUUCAAUGAUUUUUAUCCUUCCCUCUUUUUGGCAAGGCUUCGUCUUACCGUCUGGUUUAAGUUGAGGGUAUCUUGAGCCUUUCUCCCCAUCUUUACUGUUCGAGUAUGUCUGUUGUAACCGAUACGUUUAUUGCUGUGAAACGACUCCCGAUAGAGAAUGGUUCUAUAACUGCUUUCGUUGUUUCCGUUGGAUACGUUCUCCUGUUGUGUGGGUGGCAUUUUUCUCGUGGAGGUUUGCUUCUGUCUCAGCCUUGCGCAGGGAAAAUAUCCACUUCUCUUUUCUCUUGUGCUUAAUUAAUAGCUUUAUCCCUUUUUUUUUUACACCAUUUUAUCCUUUUCUCUUUAGCAGAAAGUAAAUAUGUAUAAAAUUUGAAGGAACCGAACUAACAAUACAUUCUGUGUAUAUUAUUUUAAUGAAGAAAAUAAAUUGAUUACUGGCAUUGGAACAGUAUAAAAUACCAGUUUGUACAGUAUGACCUGUAUGUGACCAUGUUACUCCCUCCGUUUCACACAAGGAAAUAGACGCGACUGCAGUUCGCAAGUCCUCCCGGCCCCGCGCCUGGGGACGGGUGCUGGGGAGACCUCCUAGCGCGAGAGGAUUAACACUAGCAGAUUCUGUUCCACCCUUGCACUGUGGCUUACCUGCUGAUUUUCUUAACUGUUCUUGUGCAAUCGACAAUGUGCUAACCUGCUUUUCUCUUUGUAAACAUUUUGCAUUACAGGCUGCAUUUCUUGCCUUACUGUAUAGAAAAAGAAAAAAGGCUGGGUUUCUUAUUGCACAUUUUAAGCUUUUAUACCUUUAUCUUCUUGGAAUGGUGAGAUUGUGUACCGGACAGUCAGAACCGCAGGUCUGCUGUUAAGGGAUUUUAAAUUGUGCAUUUUUAACACUACAGUGAAAUGACUGGAGACCUCCCUUGCGUUGUUCGUAUGAGGGGCUGUUUUAUGUCCUGUUGGCAUAAAUCGUUUUGUAAAAGGGAAAGUGCUUCUGCCGGUGUUUCGGUGCUCGCGGCGGGAAGGAUCCUGUAUCUCAAGGGAAGCGGGACAGCCGACCUGUUUACUAAGUUUUUUGCAUCUUUGGGUUGAUGCCUGAUCGAGCUUACGGUUCAGGUGGAGAACUGAGCUUGUCUGAAGUAGGAGGUAAACCCCGGUAUGUUCUACGGACUCACUCAGCUCCGCUGCUGUGUUUAAAAUACACAUUUUAAAUCCCUAUUUACAGACACUAAAGUAAAAUAAAAAAUACGGCUUUCUGGGUUGUAAACAUGUGGUAGUACUGGAGUGUUGUAUAGUCCAUGUUAAAUAAAAGCCAAAACUGGAAUGUGCAGAAAAUAGGAUCUGGUUAAUUUGUGGACUCAUCUUUAUUUUUGUCUUUGUUUAACUUUUUUAAAAACGAGAUUCCUGGAGUAGGUCGGUAUAUUCUGUUAAAGAGUCACAGUGACCCAUUUUGCUUCUUACCCUAUUGCUUCACAAGGGACUUGCCCGGGGACCAUGACCUGCUGCUGUGUUCACGGCCGCCGCCCCACCGGGACGCCAGGUAGCAAUCACAGCCGAGGACGGCGCUCGUUGAGGUGCAAUACCCGACUCCCAAAGUUAGUCACGGUGGGUCUUCGUUGUUCUUGUGACAGGAUCUAUCCAGACUGCUGUACUCUUCAUUUGAUGUAACAAGAUGCUAUUAAUCUAAAUAUUUGUAAAUAAAGUACCUGUAUCUAGAUUAAGGUAAAA